CUUCCACCGUAUCCACAAGAUAAACGGUUUAAAAGGGCCCAACCCUUCUAUAAAAAGCAAACAUUUUGGAUGUAUACUGGUGGAGGAGGGUUUCUUUUUGCGACAUAUUAUGUAAACCAUUUAGAAGUCGUGCCAAUAAGUAAUCGGCGACGAUUUAUAGACGUAACCCCUAAGCAAGAAGCAAGAUUAGCGCAACAAGCAUACUCGGAAAUAAUGAAGCGGUAUCGCCAUAAAAUUUUGCCAAGUUGGGAUCAUCGUACGCGAUUUGUCAGAAGUGUUGCUCAACAAAUUAUAAGAGUUAGUGGAAUGGAAGAUUUAAAAUGGGAAGUUCAUGUUAUUGAUUCACCGGAAAAAAAUGCGUUUGUGUUACCUGGCGGCAAAAUCUUUGUUUUUACAGGGAUAUUACCGAUUGUUGAAAAUCAACAUGGUUUGGCUGCAGUUCUUGGACAUGAGGUCAGUUUUAAAAUUGAAACAAAAUCUUAUGAUUAUUAUAUAUAA